AUGAGGCCCUUUAGGGCCCAAAUUGCUGCCAGGAGAAUGCCGAAUGGUGAUUUAUCAGAAGCCGAGCGCAUAUAUAUUUUGACCCAGUGGGAGGGUGGAUAUUCGGCGCGAGAAACUAGUAACGCGCUUGGCUGCGCGCAACGUACAGUCCAACGAGUAAUCCAGCGAUUUAAAGCCGACAAUACCUACGAAAAGCGCACCCGGAUAUGCCGCCUAGCAAAGUUAACUAGCAGAGAUCAUCGGCAGCUGCUACGCGAGGUCAAAAAGUCCCUAAAAAUUAAGUACUACUAG